CUGGCUCCAGACGAGGCCUUGUUUCGCCGCAAAGACGCUCCGGAGCGGUAUGCGGAGCACGACAUCUACCGCGCGCACGAGUGGGAGCUGCCCAACGGCGGACAGGGCGUCCUUCCCAAGAGCGACCUCCUCAAGGCCAUUCACGAAUACUCGUCUGAGUUUUACGGGGCGCUGAACCGCCAUCAGGGUGUGCUCGACAGUGGACGCAACCUGGACGAGCGCAGCAUGGACGAGACGGCACUGCUGGCGCUGGGCAUCCUGCUGGAGGAGGCGGGGCGAGAGGUCCUAGGCCGACGAGGGCAUCUUGUCUUUACUGAGGGCACCAAUGAU